CUUCCUGCGUGGAUGAUAAGCCACAUGGCAGAGCCAGCCAACCUCACAAAUUACUAGACUUGUUAAACUCUGCAACAAGUACAACCCUGUCAUCCAUGGCGCUAGCCAUUGCUUCCACUGCGCUUUCAAGCCUUCCAACCAGGGAAAUAGCAAGAAAAUCCCAGCCAGGAAAAUUACCUACAUGCUUACUGGGGAAAACUCGUUUGAAUGCAACAAAAGGGGUAUCAAGUAUUUGUGAACCGCUUCCGCCGGAUAGGCCACUGUGGUUCCCUGGCAGUUCACCUCCUGAGUGGCUUGAUGGCAGUCUUCCAGGAGAUUUUGGCUUCGAUCCGCUGGGAUUAGGGUCUGAUCCAGAAUCACUGAAAUGGUUUGCACAAGCUGAGCUAAUCCAUGGCAGAUGGGCAAUGCUUGCGGUUGCGGGAAUUCUAAUUCCAGAAUGGCUUGAAAGCCUAGGCUUCAUUGACAACUUCUCUUGGUAUGAUGCUGGUGCCAGACAAUACUUUGCAGACCCAACAACCUUAUUUGUGGUGCAAUUAGCCCUGAUGGGUUGGGUCGAGGGUCGGAGAUGGGCUGAUAUGAUCAACCCCGGGUGCGUCGACGUUGAACCUUCAUUACCACAUAAGCAAAAACCAAAGCCUGAUGUUGGUUAUCCUGGUGGCAUAUGGUUUGAUCCCCUGAUGUGGGGAAGAGGGUCCCCAGAACCUGUGAUGGUGUUGAGGACCAAGGAGAUCAAGAAUGGGCGGCUUGCUAUGCUAGCUUUUGUUGGCUUUUGUUUCCAAGCAGUUUAUACUGGACAAGGGCCCGUUGAGAACUUGAUGGCUCACAUUGCUGAUCCUGGCCACUGCAACAUAUUUUCGGCCUUCACAUCACAGUGAUGCUGUGGCUAGAAGGCUGGAUGAGGCUCACUACAAUUGGCAUGCAGAUGCCAUCAAUAAACAAAAACAUGUGGUAGGAGGCUCUCACAACCAUCAAGUAUAGUUGCCAUGACACCCACAUUUGGAGACAUUGGUUGUCCUCGCCAUCUCAGAACAAGCUGACUCGCUAUCUCAAAAUAAGCAACGACUUUAGAUUUUUAAUGCUGUCAAUUACAUUGGUUUUUUUUGGACAUGUUCUCACCAGUUAAAUACAACAUCGUCAUGUCGUGGAUUUCAGCAUUUAUGUUUAGGUCCUAGGUCUAAGAUUAAUGUGAAAGUAACAUUUCUCAAAAUCAUGACGACCCAUAUCCUAAAACCGCAUUUCUUGAACUUAAUUGAUAUAUAAUUUGUAAAUCAUUCCUAGAAAAAGCCCUUUAUGCCACUUCAAAUUUACCAUGUUUACGCCGGUAAAGGCUCUUGUGACGCUGACAGAGUCAAUGCAAGGGUGCCCCUCUC